CUCACUUGAUACCUUGAUUGCACCUAUGGGAUAUUGUCAUUUAUCGUUCAAAUUGGAAUCGUUUAUAUACACAUUGAAAUUAUCCCCUUUCUUUGGCCCAUGAAUAUGCUUUAUGAAAACAGAGUUUGACAACGAACACAUGAAAUAAUUGAAGAUUAUAAAUAGCAUCUGGAUGGUAAUUAGAAAUAUUUUUUUUUCGGUUUACAGAAGUUGGGGAGUUCUGUAACGUUCCAUAGCGUGAAAUUUGAAAUCAAGGGUUGAGAUUCUGAAAAGGGGGAAAAAGGAGAAAUAAAACAUGGGGUUGAUAUCGGGAAUGUUGAUGGGGAUUGUUUUCGGGAUAGCGUUGAUGGCGGGUUGGCAGCACAUGAUGCGGUACAGGAGCAACAAGCGAAUUGCUAAGGCAGUUGAUAUAAAAUCUCUGAGCUCUCUCAACAGGGAUGAUUUGAAGAAAAUCUGUGGUGAAAAUUUUCCUGAAUGGAUAUCUUUCCCUGUUUUUGAACAGGUGAAAUGGCUAAACAAGCAAUUGAGUAAACUGUGGCCUUUUGUUGCAGAUGCUGCAGAGGCUAUUAUAAAAGAUUCUGUUGAACCUUUAUUGGAAGAAUAUCGACCUCCAGGCAUUACAUCAAUGAAGUUUAGCAAACUAUCUCUUGGAACUGUGGCCCCGAAGAUUGAAGGUAUCAAUCUAUACUCGAAGUCGGUCAAAAUACUGUAUUUGUUGAGGAUGGAAGAGCACUUAAAGAAGCCUAGGAUGAUAUCUCCUAUACUUGGUGGCAUACCUGUCGAUACAAGUGAGUUGGAGCUUAAGCCACAGGGAAAGAUUAAAAUUACUGUAUUAAGGGCAAACAACUUGAAAAACAAGGAGUUGAUUGGAAAAUCUGAUCCCUAUGCUGUUGUGUACAUUCGUCCACUGUUCAAGGUCAAAACAAAGGUUAUUGAAAACAACCUGAACCCCGUCUGGAAUCAAACGUUUGAGUUAAUUGCAGAAGACAAGGAGACACAGUCUCUUAUCAUUGAGGUCUUUGAUCAAGAUGUUGGGCAAGAUGAGCGAUUGGGCAUUGCAAAGUUACCACUGAUUGAGCUGGAAGCAGGGAAUUCAAAAGAAAUUGAAUUAAGGCUGCUGCCAUCACUAGAUAUGCUUAAAAUCAAAGAUAAGAAGGAUAGAGGAACUCUUACAAUUCAGGUACAACCUUGUGAUUAAGACUAUUUUACCCACAGAAUGUGAAACUACAUAGUGCACCAAACCUGGAGAAGGACCAGCAACUCGUGUUGCCAUCGGCUCAACUUAUCCCAUUCUC